GGUGGGGGGUGGGGGGGGAUAGAUGGACCUUCCCCACCGCAGGGGCACAGGGACGAGUCAGCGCCGCGAGCACCAGCCCCACCGGACUGCGCUGUGAAUGAGACGAAGUGAUGGGAAACAGCGCUCAGAAAACACACUCAGACACGACUCACCAUUCCGGCUCUGGGGUCGCUCGCCAAUAUUACACGCUUCCAGCCAGCAGUCAUGAAAGGCGGGUGCAUCCCACGAUUGCUGAGCCCCCGCGCUUUCACUCUCAUGCCAAAGGCAAGAACAUUCGCCUGGACUCGAACUUUCGAAAAGCCACGCGGAAAAGCAGCUUCUGCAACGGGAUCACCUUCAGCAGCCGCCCCGUCCAUCUGUACGAGAAAGUGAGGCUGCGUCUCUCAGUGGUGCUUCACGGGUGGAGCGGUGCUCUGCGGUUUGGCUAUACAAGUCACGAUCCCUCGCUGAUGAAUUCGGCAGAGAUCCCCAAGUAUGCCUGUCCUGACCUGGUGACCCGGCCUGGCUACUGGGCAAAGGCCUUGCCUGAAAGGUUCGCCCUGAGGGACAAUGUCCUGGCUUUCUGGCUGGACAGACACGGUCGAGUAUUUUACAAUGUGAACGACGAGGAUCCAAUCCUCUUUCAGUGCGGCAUUAAUGUCUCGGGGAAACUCUGGGCGUUGAUCGACAUUUAUGGAAUUACACAAGAAGUUCAAAUGCUCGACAGCAUGUUUGCAGAAACCGUCACGUCCGCGAGGCUCAACGCAGCGCGGUUAAGCAGUUACCUCCCGCAGACCAGUCACGACAACGCCAACUUCAACAACAACGAGCUGGAGAACAGUGUGGUGGUGGCUAAAAUCACCAACCUGAACCUGAGAGAGGUCCAGGCCCUGGCACCGGACAAUCAGGCCUUACCGUGUUGCGCCAACAGGCGUCUCCGCUCACGAGGCUUGCCCUCAGUCCUCGACUCCGAUCUACACUUUCACCUUAUUCGAGGGCCUGAUGUCACCCUGUCACAGGACAGGAUGCGCGCCUGCACAAACUGGCAGGAGAGCAACAGGACUCUGGUGUUUUCUGAUCGGCCUUUGCACACUGGCGAGACCCUAUAUGUGGAGGUGGGUCACUUGGGGCUGCCGUAUUAUGGAUCUCUGCUCUUUGGCGUGACGUCUUGUGACCCGAGCACUCUGCGAGUCAACGAGCUGCCAGCGGAUCCAGACUGCCUGCUCGACCGCAAAGAAUAUUGGGUGGUUUACAGAGGCUUCUCAGUGCCCAACAGUGGCGACGUCCUCAGCUUCACCAUAAUGCCCAACAGCGAGCUUCACCAUCGUGUGAACGGCACAAACAUGGGCAUGUUGAUCUGUGUGGACACCACGCAGUCCCUUUGGGUGUUCUUCAGCUUACACGGAGUGGUGAAUCAACUGAAGAUACUUGGUACCUCCCAGGCCAGCCCUGUGGAUGUCUCUCCCUCAGGUUCCCCAGCUGGUUCUCACUACGACAGUGACUCUGACAUGGCCUUCAGUGUCAACAGGUCAUCAUCUGCAUCAGAGUCGUCACUAGUUACUGCGCCCAGCUCACCUCUCAGCCCUCAGUUCUCCCCGUCUGUCUCUCCACCCGAAGCUCUGAGCAGUAAAAACGGAGAGUGUACGGUCUGCUUUGACAGCGAGGUCGAGACGGUUAUUUACACCUGUGGACAUAUGUGUCUUUGCUAUGAUUGUGGUCUUAAGCUGAAGAAACAGAUCAACGCCUGCUGCCCGAUCUGCAGGCGAGUCAUAAAGGAUGUCAUUAAGAUCUACCGUCCAUGACGCACUCUCUCAACAGGACUAUUUCUUGAUCUGUGUUCUCUAGUUUCAGAAGUAGACUUUUUAUAGAUGGUUAAAAGCUUCCUUUAUCGUUCACCCUGACUUCAGUUAUAAACGUUCACACGGUGUGGCUAUAUUCUGUGACUAUUUCCCCUCAGUCCCUGUUCCGUCUCUCCAUCCUCUGUUCCCCCCUCUCCCCACAUUACUAUUAUUAAUCACCUCGGUCCCAGAAGGCAGGAGGCACUCUCUCCAGUGCUUCUCUUCCUCAAAGCAUCUUCUAUUUUGUGAUCACCGUACAAAUCCACGUCAAUCAUUGAUUCAGACCAAAUACAAUGAGAAAUGAACAUCUACCACAACUAUUGCCAAGUCAGAUAGAGUCUGCAAUAGCAGUCUUGAUGCCUGGAAUUGUAAUGUGGUAACUUUCACUGAGAUCUGUUGCUCAGAAACGGGUCUUUCUCCAGCUCUGAGACACAUUGUUGGUCAAAAAAACAUAAUUUUAGCAUUCAUUUGAAUCCUAAUUACAAAAGCCCUUUUUUUAAGCUAGAAAAUAACAACUUGUAUUUAUAUAACGCCCUUCAUGGG